AGUAAAUACAUGUAUACAUCUGUAGAUAUAUUGUAUAUAUAUAUAUUAUGUAAUAUUAAUCAUAAAUUUUACAUAAAUUCAUUCUCAUAAAACUAAAUCAAUUGAAAUCGAUGAACUAAUUGAUUUGUUUCAUCUCUCUCAUCUUCUCUGACAUCAUCAUGAUUGAUUUCCGAUUAUUGAUCAAGUAAUGGGAGGUGAACGCCGUCUCGUCACGUGAGUCUUUGACCCUUCCUCUCGCGAGACGUGACGCGGUUUUUUGCGGGAUCGGCUCUGCAGCAUCAGACACCGGAGACAAUCUGCAUAUUUCAAUUUCUGCGAGUGGGUCAUGGAGGUGUCUCACAGCCUCUUCCUGCUGCAGCAGCUCAACGUUCAGAGAGAGUUCGGCUUCCUGUGCGACUGCACCGUGGCUAUCGGCAACGUCUACUUCAAAGCUCACCGAGCUGUGCUGGCCGCCUUCUCCAACUACUUCAAGAUGAUCUUCAUCCACCAGUCAAGUGAGUGUAUAAAGAUCCAGCCCACAGACAUCCAGCCUGACGUCUUCAGCUACCUGCUGCACAUCAUGUACACUGGCAUGUGUCCCAAACAGCCAGUGGACCAGAGCCGGUUGCAAGAUGGCAUCAAGUUCCUUCACGCCUACCAGCUGUGCCGGAAACCAGACGAAGGCGCAGUAGACGCCACCACUGACGUGGUCCGUAUGUCCAACCUGUACGGAAUUCAGAUCUCGUCCCAGCUGGCAAACAAGGAUGUGCCCAAGACCACCACAGUGUCCCGAGGGGCCCCAGAGGACGGACGCUCCUCAUUCCGGGGGGCACGGCCCCACUCACAACUGUCCCUCACUGUUGGACUGGAGGGGGUUCCUUCAGAUCGCCAAGCUUCGGCUCUUCGCAACGUCUGCUCUGUGGCGUCUGGAGACGAUUCGGACAUUUCGUCUCGAAUCAAGCAGGAGCGGGUAGAAGAGCAGGAGGGGCAGGACGGGGAGGGAGAGGAGGGGGCAGGACCAGGAUCCCUGUCUCCAGGCCAGGGCAGAAGUCCCAGUCUCCUGUUUAAAGACCGGCCCCUGGCCCUGCUGUGUCCCAGCUGUGGAGAGCGCUGCUUGUCCCCCGAGGGCCUCCGCGAGCAUCUAUUCAGCCACGCCCUUGAGCCCUCCCCCCUGAUGGAGGGGCUUUCGCACGGGAGACAACUGAACACCAGUGUCGAAGAAAGGCCACGGGGGGGCCAGGAACAGCUGGACGCUGGAUGUCUGGAGGAGGCCCUGAGGCAGAGCCAGGCGCUGGCCAAUCAGUUGGCUGCUGAGCUGAGGAGGAGUCGAGGGGGGGGAGGGGGGAGCAGCCCCACCCCCGCCGCCCUGCACUCCCGUAAACGUAAGAUCACCUGCGCCGUCUGCAGCCUGCGCUUCUCCCACAAAAGCCACCUGCAGCAGCACAUGUACACCCACACCGGCAAACCGUCCCGCUACCACCGCUACAACCGCCUCUGCAGCCAGCUCUUCCAGGCCUCCGCCCACUUCUGUGAGGGCGCUGCAGAGCCCGGGGGAGGAGGCGGGGCGCCACCUGCUGCCGCUGCCUCUGAGGAGGCAAACAGAGACACUCAGGACAAUGGCAGCUCCUGCUACUCCCUGGACUCUGAGAUCUCUCAGGAGAGCGUGGAUGGCGUGCCCGUGGAGUGA